AACUAUGCAGAUCGCUGCGCCAUCUUUCUGUUCUGCCGUAAGCCUACGUUGGCGUGGCCGUAAUAACAGUGUUGCGUAAGUUGUGAGAUAGUUUUCUAGCAAAAUGGCUCCAAUCGUUGAAGUUGCCCCACAGCAGGAGGAAGCCACGGAAGAAGCAAAACAAGUUCCAGCUACUCCCAAACCAACUAUCGGUAUUAUAUAUCCUCCUCCAGAACUGCGAAAUAUCGUCGACAAGACAGCCAGCUUCGUUGCGAGGAAUGGACCCGAAUUCGAGGCACGUAUUCGUCAGAAUGAAAUCAAUAAUUCAAAAUUUAACUUCCUCAACGCAACGGACCCCUACCAUGCUUAUUAUGAGCAUAAAGUUAAAGAGGCCAAAGAAGGCAAAGGACCUGCCGAAGCGAUCCAGCCACCUAAGCCUACCCCUGAAAAGCAAGAAAUCCGCAAAAUAAUUGAACCGCCCAUCAUCCCUAAGGAACCGCCAGCAGAAUUUGAGUUCAUUGCCGAACCUCCAUCAAUAUCUGCUAUCGAUUUGGACAUUGUAAAGCUGACGGCACAGUUUGUCGCCCGAAAUGGCCGUCAGUUCCUAACGAACCUCAUGAACAGAGAACAGAGAAACUACCAGUUCGAUUUUCUUCGACCUCAACAUAGUCUGUUUAACUACUUCAUGAGAUUGCUAGAGCAGUACACCAAAGUUCUCAUUCCAAACAAGAGCAUGUUAAUGAAACUAAAAAUGGAGGCUGACGACCCGAAGGUAGUGUUGAACCAAGUGAAAUAUCGUGUCGAAUGGACUCGAUUUCAAGAAGCUCAAAAACGCCGAGAAGAGGAAGAAGCUGAGAGGGAAAGAGUACAAUAUGCGCAGAUCGACUGGCAUGACUUUGUUGUAGUGGAGACAGUAGAUUAUCAACCCAAUGAGCCAGGACUUUUCCCUCCUCCAACGUGCCCUGAGGAAGUAGGAUCCCGUGUUCUUGCUCAACAAAGGAUGGAAGAAGAGGGUGAAGAAGUGGAAAUGGAAGUAGAGUCUGAUGAAGAAGGCGUUGAGGAAGUUUCCAAGAAUGAGGAGUCCCCGAGUCCCCCGAAGGAAGCCCCUCCUCUGCCCCCAAAUCCAGAGCAAGUUGUUGUACGCAAAGACUACAAUCCCAAAGGGACAAAGACACAGAAGGCCUCGUCCGAACAGUAUCUCAUCUCUCCGAUUACAGGGGAGAAAAUUCCUGCAGAUAAGAUGCAGGAACACAUGCGUAUUGGACUGUUGGACCCACGUUGGGUGGAGCAGCGGGAUCGUGCCAUGCAGGAGAGAAUGCAACAGGAUGAGGUGUUUGCUCCAGGCACUGCUAUUGAGAGCAGCUUGAAACAGUUUGCAGAACGGCGAACAGACAUCUUUGGAUUUGGAGACGAAGAAACUGCCAUUGGAAAAAAGAUUGGUGAGGAAGAACGUCGUCUGCCAGAGAAAGUGACGUGGGAUGGCCAUACUGGAAGCAUGGAAGCGGCCACAAAAGCGGCCAGGGCAAACAUCACCAUCGAAGAACAGAUCCAGCAGAUCCACAAGAUCAAGGGUCUUUUACCCGACGAAGAGAAAGAGCGGAUUGGUCCGGCUAAACCCGCUGGUCCUCCACCUCUUCCUCCAAACCCUCCACCGCAAGAAAAGAAAAAACCACCACUUCCUCCGAUGCCUCCCAAACCUCUUCCACCACCCCCACGACCUGUUGUCAUCACAGCAGCACCACGUCCCCAGAUCAUCAACCCUGCUCCCACGUUGCUCAUGCCACCACACAUCCCUGGUCUCAUAUCUGUAACGACAGCGAUACCGGCUUCGGUACAGCACACAUCGUUUGUGACUAUACCGGAAGCAGAAGAAGAACCUCCGAGCAAGCGGCACAAAUCUGAGGAUGCCCUGGUGCCUGAGGCAGACUUCUUGAAGCAGUACCGUGGUCCUGUCACCAUUAAGGUACAGGUCCCUGAAGCAAGUGACAAGGCGGAAUGGAAGCUCAAGGGACAGACGGUCACCCUCACACUACCGUUGACAGACACCAUUUCGGUGCUAAAGGCCAAGUUGCAUGAAGAGUUAGGCAUGCCUCCUGGCAAGCAGAAGUUGCAAUAUGAGGGAAUGUUUGUCAAAGAUUCUAACAGUCUUGCAUUCUACAAUGUCACCCCCAAUGCAGUUGUCAGCCUGCAAGUAAAAGAGAGAGGAGGAAGGAAAAAAUAAAAACUGUCUCCUUUUAA